AUGAUACAUUCAGACGAAGAGAGUUUAAACAGUUUCACACCUGAAUCGUAAAAUUUAAUACAACUAUCAAUUAGACAUCAAGAGAACAUCGAAGAAUUUAAGAACAGAGAUAACAAAAAAUAUGCUAUUAUUGAUUAAUCUGUUCGUAUUUAACUAUUACGUCGCAUACUCUCUAAACAAUCGACAAUAAAGGAGGCGGCCAAAGAAUUUGGAAUCAAUUUCUCUACUGCCAAAGCAAUUUUACAAACCUAUCGCAAGGAAGGUCGAAUCGGAAAGAAAAAAACUAGAGAUAGAAAUAGAAGUAAAUAGGAUUUGGGAGAUUACAAUCAAACAAGAAAGAUUUAAUCAAUGUACAAUCUUGAACAACCUUAAUAAAUGAAAUCAAUAUCUCCCGAAAUCAGACCUUCACCUCCGCCUUUUUAGUAAACAGUGAUUCCAGUGAUGAGUACUCCAAACCUUGAUAGUACAUAAAUUGCUCUGGCUCUUUGUCAAAGAGAGUUGGCUUAGCAAAAACUGCUCAAUUUUUAAUUAUUAAUGAUGAUCCAAAACUUUAAAAAUAUUACACAAUUAUAAGUCAAAGAAGAAUCUAAUAUAAUUAAUUGA